CCCCGCUCGCCCCGCGCCCCCUUCCCGGGCCAUGGCCGCGGCCCCGCGCGGGCCCCGCGCCCAGCUCCGCCCCCCGCCCUCCCGGGACUGACGGAGUCGGGCAGCCAUGAGCGCCAACCCCCAGUGGGACAUCAGGAGGGCGCUGGGGGUGGCCAGGCUCUUCCACCUGGCGUGCGGGCUGCGGGACGCCUGCGUGACUCCGUUCCUGACCCUCUACCUGAGGCAGCUGGGCUUGGCCGCGCCCUGGGUGGGCAUCCUGAUGGGGACCAAGCACCUGGUCGCAGCCUUCUGGGGUCCCUUCUGCGCCUUCCUGGCCAAAAGCUACCAGAAGCGGAGGGUGCUUCUGACGGGCUCGCUGCUGGGCUCUGUGGGGGCCAGCCUGCUGCUCGGCCUGGUGCCGCCGCUGGACGAAGACCGGCCGUCCGGCUCCGGUAACGCCAGCCACGGCGCCCCCGCCCCCGCCCCCGCCCCGCCCCCGGGGGUCGCGCUCACCGGCACCUUCGCCUCGAGCCCGCCGCCGGGGGCGCCCGGCCCCCCGGCCAAGCGCAGGCCCGGGACAGGACCCUCACUGUUCCCUGGGACCGAGGAAGCCUCCGGCUUCGGGAAGGGACCCGCGGAAAGCGUCCACGGGCCGUCCGGCCGUCCGCCCGGCUACGCCCUGGGCCCCGUGGAAGGAGCCGGGACCACGUCCCGAGCUGUCCACCCUGUCACGUCGCGAGGGACAGAUACUCCUUGGGAAGGUGCUUUCAAGGUGGGCAGGACCGCCCUCCCUUUGCUUGCUGGGGGUCCAGCGCUCGGAAGCCCAGCCAACGGGUCAGCGGCCGAGGGCAGUGCCCGGGCCCUUGGCCUCGCCUCCGAUGGGUGGAGGCGGACCUUCUUCCUCUGCCUGGGGUCCGUGGUGCUGUGGGAGCUGCUGACCGCCCCUCUGGAGCAGGUGGCGGACGACAGCCUUUAUGAGUACCUGGAUUUUGUGGACGCCACCGACCGGUACCGAAGCCUGUGGAUCUGGAGGCUGCUGGGCACGACCGCGGGCGUGUGUGGCAUCGCCGCGUUGGUGGGACAGCUGGAGUGCCCCCUGGUGACCAAGGGCCCCCGCGGGGUGCUGCACUUCUACGGCUACUCGCUGGUCAGCACGCUGGCUUUGCUGCUGAGCAUCGCCUUUCCCGUCCCCACGUGCAGGCCGCGGGAGCCCAGCUGCACCACGGUCAAGGCGCUGUCUCUGGCCGGAGGCGACCCCCGCCUGCUCCUCCUGGCCCUCACCGUCUUCCUGGCAGGAGCCGCCGCCAGCACGGUGCAGAACUUUCUGUUCUGGCACAUGCAGGACCUCGGGAGCAGCGAGCUGGUCAUGGGUUUCUCGGUGGCCCUGGGCUUGCUGGGGGAGACUGCGCUCCAUCCGUUCAAAACGACCUUGCUGAGGAAGCUGACCGGGGCGGGCACCGUGGGGCUGGGGCUGGGCUGCCUGGCCGGCCAGCUGCUCUACUACUCGUUGCUCUGGAGCUGGUGGUCCGUCCUCCCCGCCCAGGUCUUGAGCGCCCUCAGCAGCGGGGCUCUGUGGUGGGCAGUGAAGGCCUCGGUCGAGCACCGGGCCACCCCGGGAACCGAGCGGCCCCUGGGUGCCAUGUUCCGAGGCCACUUUUCCGGGGCCGGGGCCAGCCUGGGCAGCUUUGGGGGGGGCUUCGUGGUGACCUACUUCGGCCUGGCCGUGCUGUACCAGGCCUGCUGCGUGGUCCUGAUGCUCUGGCUGGCGCUGUUCGUGUCCGUCCAGCACAUGCUGCCCCAGGAGCAGAAAAUCAACUACGCGAAGCUGCUGGUCAGGGAGGCCAGCGACACGAGCGACUCUGAGCAGGGGACCGAACGGGACUGGCUCGUCAGGGCCAUGAGGGAGGAGCAUUCAGACUAGCUGGGCUGAGAGGCAGGUCAGGACGCGCUGAUCCGGGGAAGGCGCCUGAGGAGGGGCUGGACAAAUCUCCCCUGCCCGGGGACAGGGUCUUUGAACCCCGCCUGGGGCCACAGGGAGCCUGGAGAGAAAAAGCGAGUGGGUGCAGAACCCCACGGGAUCAUCACAGGGCAUGAUUUCCCUUACUUUUGUGGUAAAAGGAGAUUUAACUUUUUGCUGUUCAAUCGUUUUUUAAAUAAUGGAGGAAGAAUACA